AUGACCAACAUACCCCACAACGACCUGCCACCCACUGCCUACACGAUCCCCACAGCUUCUGGCCAUCGUCCUCGCCGUAGGCGUGAAGAAAGAAGAAGGCUCCUUGGAGUGAGCCACCUCGGUAACUCGUCCGACCGGGAUGGCGAGGACUUCGAUGUUUUUGCCUUCGGCUUUGACUUCCACAGCGAGCGAGCUGCUCAUCGCCUCAUUGAAGGCUUUGGACCCGCCGUAUACCGUCGCAUAAGGGACGCCGGAGUCGGCGAGCCGAUGUUCAUGAUGAGGGUUGGGCCGUCCGAUCUAGCGAGCUUGGGUAGAAGGGCCCUUGUCAAUUGCGCGGGGAACCUGGUUGACAUUGAUCAAGGAAUCGAGCUCUUCCGCCGUGUUCUUCUCCAGAGGCUGGACUUUGGCGCCGCCGCCGACGUUGUUGACGAGGAUGGUGAGAUUGAGACCGUCGAGGUUGGCUACGAAGUCAUCAAUUUGCUGACUCGUAGCGGAGGCGUCAUCGAGUACGGCGGCUUUGAAUUGAAUGUUUUUGUGUUCGCCCUCGAGCUGGGUUUUGGUCUUCUCGAGCUUUUCGGGGUUUCUGCCGUGCAGAAUGACGUUGAAACCAUUGGUGGCAAGUUCUGA